AUGGCAGCAGUGGAUGUCCCAAGAACCUUUGGCGCGCUAAUGAUUGGCGGUCUCUUUGCCUCAAUCUUGGCCGGGACUGUCGCGGUGCAAGUCAUCGUAUACUUCAAAUUGUACCCCAAGGACUCCUACAAUUUAAAACUCCUGGUUCUCUGGGUUUGGUUUCUGGACACAUGCCACACCGUUUGCAUUUGGACUUCGUUAUGGAACUAUCUCAUCGACCACUUUGGCGACACGGGGAGGAUCCACUACAUUCCUACGACUCUCGCGCUCACUAUUGUCUUCACGGCAACCUUGACGAUCUUUGUGCAUCUAAUCUUUAUGCUCAGUAAACGGAACUGGGCCCUGACCAUUCCAGUUGUACGCAAUCGUGAUACUUGCCUUUCUUCGGCUCACCGCUGCCUCAGGUACAUUACAACAUCAGAAAUGAUUAUCCUUCACAGCUUUCCUCUUUUCAGGGCUCACUUUCGAUGGGUCUUCACUCUCGGUUUGACACUCUCGUCGGUUGUGGAUGUCCUCAUCACAGGAUCACUGUUCUUCCUCCUUCAGACUAGUCGGACGUCGGCGCCAGAUCUGAACGCAAUCAUCGACUCUUUGAUCCGUUAUGCCUUCGAGACUGGUUCGUUAACAUGCGCGGGAACCGUUAUUUCCUUGAUUUGCUGGCUAGCUAUGCCAAACAAUCUGGUUUUUAUUGGGUUACACUUUGUAAUCGGAAAGCUAUAUGCCAACUCUUUAUUGGUCACGUAA